GCGUAUCGUCCAUCACACUUGUCCAGAGUAUCAAAGUUUUAUUCCCCUCGAGACGGAUUUCUAUAAAACGACGAGUAGCUGCAACUAGAGAGUCUGAAAGGUGGUUGCCUCUUUUCUUCUCCGAUUCUCUCUCCUCCUAUCGCCAUAAUGGGAACUGGAUUCAGGGCGAUCGCAAUCUCUCUCUUCAUUUCCUUCAUCGUGCUUCCUUCUCUUUUUCUUGUUUCCGAUGCGGACCUGGUCCGAAUCGGACUGAAGAAGAGGCCGUACGAUCUGAGAAAGCGGCUCGUCAAUCAACUGCAAUCGCAGGAUCCCCGAUUGUCGGGAGCUUCUGCUCGGAAGUAUGGCCUUCGCAGCGAUAAUAGUCUCGGAGGUUCAGACUCUGACGAGGAUAUCGUUCUGUUGAAGAAUUAUCUGGACGCUCAGUACUAUGGAGAGAUCAGCAUCGGCUCUCCUGCCCAGAAAUUCACUGUGAUCUUUGAUACUGGGAGCUCGAACCUGUGGGUCCCAUCUGUAAAGUGUUAUUUCUCGAUCGCGUGCUAUCUCCAUUCAAGGUACAAAGCAACGCGGUCGAGCACCUACACGAAGAAUGGGAAACCUGCUGAAAUUCACUACGGGACUGGAUCUAUUUCUGGUUACUUGAGCCAGGACUAUGUUCAAGUUGGUGACCUUGUUGUCAAGGAUCAGGUCUUUAUCGAAGCUACUAGGGAGCCAGGCCUCACAUUUUUGGUUGCCAAGUUUGAUGGCAUACUUGGCCUUGGAUUUCAAGAAAUCUCAGUUGGGAAUGUCGUCCCCGUAUGGUACAACAUGAUCAAUCAAGAUCUGCUUAAAGAACCUGUUUUCUCCUUUUGGCUUAACCGAGAUGCAGAUGAAGAUAAGGGCGGUGAAAUUGUAUUUGGAGGGGUUGAUCCUAACCAUUAUAAGGGUGAGCAUACAUAUGUUCCUGUAACGAAGAAAGGUUACUGGCAGUUUGAUAUGGGAGAUGUUCUUGUUGGCAAUCAAACAACUGGAUUCUGUGAAGGAGGUUGUUCAGCAAUAGCAGAUUCUGGAACUUCUUUGAUUACAGGUCCUACGACCAUUAUCACUGAAAUCAAUCAUGCUAUUGGGGCCGCUGGGGUCGUUAGCCAGGAGUGCAAAGCAGUUGUUGCACAGUAUGGGGAGUCGAUACUGGACAUGUUGAUUGCCAAGGAGCAACCCGAGAAAAUCUGCUCUAAGAUUGGUCUGUGUGCUUUUGAUGGAACUCAAAGUGUUAGCAUUGGCAUCGAGAGUGUUGUGAGUGAGAAGAGUGGGGAACUCUCUGUUGGUCAUAGCGAUGCUAUGUGCACUGCAUGCGAAAUGGCAAUUGUAUGGAUGCAAAAUAAGCUCAAGCAGAACCAGACAGAGGAGCUUAUAUUGAACUACAUUAAUCAGCUUUGUGAACGACUGCCAAGUCCCAUGGGGGAAUCAGCUGUUGACUGCAGUAGCCUUCCUUCGAUGACCAACAUUUCAUUCAUUAUUGGUGGCAAAAUAUUUUCCCUCACUCCAGAGCAGUAUGUUCUUAAGGUGGGCGAGGGAGCUGCAGCUCAGUGCAUUAGUGGAUUUACUGCUAUGGAUAUAGCUCCUCCCCGUGGUCCUCUCUGGAUCUUGGGUGAUGUCUUCAUGGGAGUCUACCAUACGGUGUUUGACUACGGAAAUUUGAGAGUUGGAUUUGCAGAAGCAGCAUAGACAUUGUAAGUAUUGCCUUUGUUCAAACGCCAUGUUCCCCUCAAACGAUUGUUGAUGUUGGUGCGUGAUACUUAAUGGUACUGAAUAUGUACAUAUUAUAUACAAUUUACUUGGCUUUUAUCUGCAUACACUAUCAUGAAGGGUUGUGGAUUUACUCAUGCAAUCCCAUUGCCUUUUUAUAUGACUA